UGGGGCUGAGCUGAAAAGAAAGGCCCAUUAAAUAAGUUGAGAGUCCAGAUUCCGAUCACACAGUUCACCGCAAUCUCCAUCUCCGUCUUCCUGGCCGCGAAAAUGGCGUCGUCGAUGGUGAGGAAAACCCUAAAAACCAUCAACUUUCACGCCCUCAGAACUCUUACAUCCACCACCCGCCAGCUCAGCAUCUCUGCGGCCGCCGGAAAAUCUGAAGACGACCCCUCAUGCUUCGCCUUUUCCUCCGACGUCCUCGACAGUUCGAAACCUUCCGACAAUUGUGGUGGAGAUGACACACUGUACAUCAAAGGCCCCCAAAAAGCGGCGUCAUCGUCUUCAUCGUCCGUGACGAUGCCGAUGUCAUUCAUGACCGGUUCCAUCGUCGGCAAGCGGUUCUACCAGAAGGUGACGACGAGAGAAGCUGAUGAUGGGAUUGGGUGGAGCGUGAUGCUCGAUUACAGGACGCUCAAAACCCCUUCAAAGCGAAAUCUCAAGUGCCCUACUUUAGCUCUUGCCAAAGCUAUUGCAGCUGAAUGGGAGUACCAGCAAACAGAUGGGAUAAGACCCUUUACAAUGCCUCUGAUGAAGCUGACAUGUACUGCAUUGGAAAGAGUACCGGUCACUAGGCCAAAGAUUAUUGAAAAUUUGAUGAGAAAAUUCCAUCAAGAUCUCAUUUUUUGUCGUGCUCCAAGGGACAAUGAUCUAACAAAAGAUCUCCGAGAGCUUCAAGUGGAAAAAUUUGGACCUCUUAUUAAAUGGGUUGAAUCAGAAUUCGGUUUUAAACCUGUUGUGUACACGAGCUUCUUUGGUGGCAAACAGGAGGAGGGUCUGGUUAAAGCCGUUGAGAACAUUCUUAAGAAGACGGAUGACUGUGAACUGGCUGCCAUUGAUGCAAUUGCUGCUGCUGCUCACUCAUUGAUAAUUGCAAUCGGAGUAUUUCGUGGGCAGUUGAGCAUCGAGCAGGCGAUUGAGUUGAUUAGGCUGGAAGAAGAUUUGCAGGUUGAACGAUGGGGUUUGGUUGAAGGAGGUCACGAUGUUGAUAUUGCCGAUCUUAAAGUCCAAAUCUCAUCUGCUGCUGUCUUUCUCGGACUUUCAAGGAAAAACUAGCGCCUGUUGCCCCAAUUAUAAUCAGGUAAAUCACCAAAGAGUGAACUUCCCCUUCUUCCAAUUUUCAAGAAUUUGUUAUGGUUGUGUAUUAGCAUAUUUGGCACAAGAAGAUAAUAAGUGUGUUAUGAAAAAUUCCAGAUGAGCCAGAUAUGGUUGUUUUUGUAUCUUAGAAUGCAUUCUGUUAUUUCAUAUUCAUGUACUGGUUGUAAUAUUAUCACGAUCCAUCUUCAGUCGGUUUUCUUGGCAAAUUUAUGAGAAAAUCUGUUUAUCAGCAUGAA